AUGGAGGUACCGAAUUACAAAGAUGUGAACGCAGACAGCCAACAACCACCACGAGAAGAAGAUCAUGUCACAGACAAAGACACAGAACUGAGACUGGAACCCCUGGUCGUGGUAGACUCCCCAGAUACUGACCAUUACGUCACGGACGACUCUGGCUGUUGUGUCAGGGGCGUGGCCGCGGUGGAGCACUGGGUGGGUGUGACGUACACCAAACACAGACGUGAUAUCCUCUUCGUUUUGAGAUCUGUUUUGCUUCUGGUGUAUCUCAUGUACUUCGCUUACUGUAUGAAAGUCAGGUUUGGGGACGAAGGUUCCUAUAUCUUGGUGGGAGUCACUGUUGGUCUGGCCAUUUACAUAGCAUCCGCGUUCAGCGAUAAGUGGAAAUGUUUUCAGAUGUUCCCUUCUGUAUGCUCUUGGUAUGGCUCGGCCAAGACGUUGAAACGAGUGAGGACGUGGACGAUGUAUUUGUUGUAUGCGGUGUCGACACUGGCCUUAGUGAUCUACUUGGGGGUUGACAUCAUCACCAAGCACCACAGGAACGCUCAGGCAAUCCUUGGCAUCGCUACCAUAGUGUUCAUCUGCUUCUUAUUUUCUCACAGCCCGAGCAAGGUGAACUGGCACCCCGUGUUCUGGGGGCUGAUCAUCCAGUUCGUGUUUGCCAGUUUGGUCUUGCGGACAGAGGUCGGCUAUAGCGCCUUCAAGUGGAUGGGCAACGUUGUGAACACCGUGGUCAAUCUCUCAGACAAGGGCUCCAAGUUUGUGCUCGGCGCUAGUUUCGAGGCAAAAGGACCUGGUUUCUUCUUCUCUACUGCAGGAGUGAUCGUCUUCUUCAACGCCAUGAUCUUUGUACUGGACUAUGUGGGUGUCCUGGAGUUCACCGUCCUCCGUAUAGGUGGCGCUCUGGCUUUUUGUCUGGGCACAGGGCCCGUGGAGUCUGUGGUCUCAGCUGCCAACAUUUUCAUAGGACUGUCGGAGGCGCCCCUGCUUGUCCGUCCCUACCUACACUCCGUGACCAGGUCGGAGCUACACGCCAUCAUGACCUGUGGCUUUGCCAGCAUCUCCGGCGCCUUCAUGGCCAUGUUUAUACAGGCUGGGGCGCCUGCCAGUCAUUUGCUAACAGCCGCAGUCAUCUCGGCACCUGCCGCCCUGGCCGUCAGCAAGCUGGUGUGUCCGGAGACCAGGGAAGUCGACUUGGACAGUCAAAGGAACGUCCGCAUGAGAGACGAAAACUCAGAUCAGAAGAAUAUCCUUCAGGCGUGCUCCGACGGUGCCAGUUUUUCCAUCAAGUUGGUGGCCUCCAUCAUGGUGAAUAUGAUGGCGUUUGUGUCCGCCAUGAACCUUGUGGAUCACCUCCUGGUCUGGCUGGGCGAGCGGGCUGGUAUAGAAGGCCUCACGUUUGGAUACCUGUGCUCUUACCUGUUGUACCCCGUGUCCUAUUCCAUGGGGGUGGAGCCCGCAGACUGCGGCGCUGUGGGAGCACUGAUGGGAGUCAAGCUUUUUGCCACACCGUUUGUGGCCUACGUAGACCUUGGCAAACUAAUCCAUAACCGACGUGUACUUGAGGAACACGUACUCACAAAUAACGGAACGUGGCAUUGGACGGGCUCUGACGUCAUUCUUGACGAUAGGAACACCACGUUGGUUGGCGGCUUCAUGUCGGAGCGGUCAGAGGUGAUCACCACGUACGCCAUGUGUGGUAUAUCAGCGUUCCCUGCCAUUGGAUUCUGUAUGGGAACUUUGAUACCCAUGUGUCCUCGACGCAAACCGGUUGUGGUUGACCUCGUCAUCAGUGCCUUCGUCGCCGGGAAUGUAGCCAACAUUAUGACCGGCGCUAUUGCAGGCGUCAUGUUCUCCGACACAGCCAUCCCUCUGCCUCACUGA